UUCUGUUGUCCAACAUUAAACGCCAACAAUUCACAACAGUAACAAUAAAACAUCCAAAAAAUUUAAUUAUUGUUUGUAGGUACUUUUCUUUUUGAUGAUUUUGCUUCUUAUGAAAAGCAAAAAAAACAAUACAUUUUUUUUCUUCAAAUACCUCCUUGUAAAUAAUAACACUCCGGGAAAAGCUACAGUUGACCAUCCAGACGCGGCGUCUGUUUGCUGCUCACACAUACUCCCCCGUGUAUUUCCCAUCAGCUCCCACAUGAGUAAUUGUUGAUUACAGGAUCAUGAAGGUGAACAAAAACACACAGGCGAGGAGUAAAUCUCAGAAGUGGAAGGAUGUUAGAGGCAAACGGUGCAGGCCUCCCAUCAGUUCCUCUGAUAUAAACUCUAGUCCUGUCAUGGCCAGGAUGAUAAAGGAGCACCAGGUGUCAGUGAAGAAAAAGCCCUCCGUCAAGAGACUGAAAAAUAGAGCCAAACCUGUCUCUGACCCUAAGAUAACCCCUCCUCAGUCUGGAUCUAAGAAAUCAUACACUCAGGCUAAUGGAAGUUCUGUGUUCAACUUGGACAAAGAGUCAGAUGACUCGCAGGAAUGGAAAGAGUAUUCCCAGUUAAUUCACAAGAACGGUGUGGAGACCUCAGAUGAUGUGGAGGUUGGCCAGCCGGGCAGACUGGAGGGGGAGGCUCUGCAUCAGUGUGCACAGAGAGAUGAUCGACAAAACCGCGCAGUGCUUAUUAUGCAAAAGGAUCAGACCCUGUGUUUCCGUGGGAAGUGUUUUUUGACCUGUCUGUAUGGUCGUGUAGAAGUGAUGGGAUUCACUAUUGAAGAAGGCCAGCAGUCGUACCCACUCUUCUCUCCAGCCUCACAUUGUCCACUGACCAUUAGAGCACUGCAAAGCUCUGAUGACAGUAGAAAUAACAGAACACGGGCGUCGCACAUCCUGCAGAAAUAUCUUACAGGAGCACCACGGAAGAAGCUGCUAAAAAAUUUAACUUCAAGCUCAACUAUCAUCCUGUUGGAACCCAUGGAGACGCCUCUGACACGGUUUCUGUCAAGCUUCACAGAUCUAAGUGAAUUGUUCAGCCCCCCUGUUAGUGAACUCAUGUCAGCUGUUCUUGACACUCCGCUCAAUGGUUUGGGGAUGAUUCCACUGACUAGCAUGAUUGAAGGCCUGAAAAUGCCAAAGAGCUACCAAGAUGCCCUUAACACAGUAGUGAAUGCUUGCAGAGGAGAUAUGGAUGGUUGUGCUGUUAUUCUUGUAUGUGGGACCAAGAAUGUGGGCAAGUCAACAUUUAUUCGACUCCUCAUCAAUACCUUAUUGAAUCACACUGCUAGUGUAGACUACUUGGAGGGUGACCUUGGUCAAACAGAAUUCACUCCUGCUGGUUGCCUGUCUUUGGGUACAAUCACAGAACCACUUCUGGGUCCUCCUUUCACACACCAGCACACCCCAGAGCACAUGAUCUACUAUGGUCAGUCAUCAUGCGAGUCAGACUUGGACCGCUACUUGGAAUCUCUCAAGUCCUUGUGGCAUAGACGCUGCCAGAGCCGAGAGACUCCCGUCGUUAUCAACACCAUGGGCUGGGUCAAAGGAUUUGGAUUCCAGCUGCUGGUGGACAUGAUCCGCUUCUUCCCAGUCUCACAUGUCGUCCAGCUCAGUCACGGUGGCGUCUCUCAGUGUGCUGCCCUCACUCCAGAGUUUCUGAGGACGGCACACGGAUUUCAAACGCACCCGCCUGCCCAGACCGCUCUGGACGAGUUUACAGAGAGCCACAGCCCCCCCAGAAGCUACUCCCACCUUGCUGUACAAUCAGAGUUUCAAGGAGUGGGGCGCCAAGGAACAGCGAAGCACCAGCGAACUAAUGAGCACAGAGAGCUGUCUCUGCUGGCCUACCUGAGUCAGCUGCAGUCUUCUGACCCUGGACCAGUUAGACCUCUACACAGCCUCACCCCAUACCAGGUGCCUAAUACAGCAGUGGCUUUAGGUGUGAUCCACUGCGAGGUGGUGCCCACUCACAUGCUUUAUGCUGCCAACGCCAGUCUGGUGGGACUCUGCUGCCUGUCAGAGAAAGUAGCCAGCAGAGGGGGUCCAGUCCUGCUGUCCCAGGCCCCCAUCUGUCCAUGUGUGGGCUUAGGCGUGCUUCGAGGUAUUGACGUGGCUCGAGGUCUGUACUAUGUUCUGACACCGGUAGAUCCCGCCGUCCUUCGGAAGGUCAACUGCCUCCUCUUGGGAGCCAUUUCAUUGCCUUCAUGUAUCCUCACAUCACAGCCUGGCGUUGAAGGGGAGAGGCCCUAUGUGACUACAGACUACAGUUUUGAUCUCACUGGUGCAGGAAAGCUGCGAGUUUUUAAGGGACUGAUGAGGCCCAGUCAAGUGGGGAUGCAGUGAUAUUUUUUCUGCAGCAUUGUAUUUUUGCCCUUUACAUUUCUUGACUGGUGUCUUACAACAAACCAGUCAGCACUGGCCUUUGAAUGUACAGAACUGAGGUUGAGGUGGGACUAUUUUCUAUUUUAGGUUUCAAACUGCAGGUAGCGACGGCUGCCAUCAUCUGCCUGGACUCUGUUUUUUUGGAAAAGGUUCCCAAUGACACGAUUGUCAAUGAAAACGUUCUCACCAGGUCUUCUAACCUGCUACUGUAUGGACAUUUGGAGGCGCUGUGAAGGAGUUUUCAGUUUCUCAGUCUCCACAUGGACAGUAAUAUAUUACAAUACCUUGUAGUUGAUGCUGUUAUGUGAUGUCUCUUCUUUGUAGGUGACAUUCCAAAAUGAAAUAUCUGCCAGAUAUAAAAUGAAAACAACUUUUGUUCAGGCUUUGCGUUUCUUGCGUUCAGUUGUAUUUUGGAUCAGUGUUACUGGCGGUUGAUAGAUACAAUCUUGUAUCCAUGUAGGUUUAAAGCAGGAUUUUUAACUAAUCUAUCCCAGUAUGCAGUGUGGUCCCUUCAUUUUUGAAAACUGUAAUAUUGGAUAAACUGUCCAUUGCCAACGUUUUCCACGUUGUUUAUGCUUACAUCCAUCAGUUAGGUAAAGAAGUGCAUGUCGGAGUUAAGGAGGAGUCUUUUACAUGACGUUUUCUGUGAAUCGGAUGGAUUUACAUAAAAAUGACACAUUUUACCAGUCUUGUUUGUAUGCCAGUCAAAGACUUAACUAAACUGUCUCCAUUUUUACUGCUGUAUAUCUCUGCUUUGCAUUUGUUAAAGGGACACUAUUGUGUUUCUGCACUUACAGGCCAUUCAGGGGGUUUUGUUUACAAUUUCUUAUGUGGCUGUAAAGGAUAAAAAUAAAAACCUUGUUUCUA